AUGAGCUCCUUUGCUAUGAAAUACAAAUUGGAUAGACCUUGUGACGCUUGUGCUAUCAGAAAAGUCAAAUGCGAUCUCGCAAACCCCUGUUCUAGAUGCAUACAACAUGAUAUUGAGUGUUCUAAUAGUAGAGUUAGAAGAAAGUGUGGACCAAAGAAAAUUCACGAGAAGACAAGGCGAGCUAUACAGCAAACUAAUAGGUUUGAUAGUAUUAUAAAGGCUAAACCUGACGGCAAUUAUUGCUAUAUACCUCUAGAAAAAAUUAUACCUUUUCUUCAAGUUUAUCAGGUGUGGUUCUAUAGUAUUUGGCCAUUAACAUCUGCCAAUACUUUGAUUUCAAAAAUCUGCUCGGCAACAAUUGAUUCUACCAUUAAGUUGGAUGAAAACAAUGCUAGUGAAAUAGCUUUUGCGAUCUCUUUAUGUGCAGCAAUUCGUCAGCAAUUAAACUUGUUAUCACGUAAACGACCAGAAAUGGAAUAUCCAGAAGAUAUUUCUGCUGUGAGGUUUGCAGAAGAAGUUCUUCGUAUUCGUCUGCUUUAUGAAUACCGCCUGAAUCCUAAUGUUAAUACACUAUUGACCCUGUUCUUUAUGCACGCCUACUAUGCCAACACUAAAGGACAGCAUAUUACUUCAGCUUUUUAUUUAAGAGAAGCCGUAAGCUUGGUACAAAUUCUUGGACUAAACAAAACUAGAAAUUAUUCAGGUCGUACCGUCGCUGAAGCUCACGUUUUACAAAAAGUGUAUUACAAUGUUUUAAUUGCUGAAAGAUAUCAUUGCAUAGAAAAUGGAUCGUCAGCUCUUCUAGAUAGUACUAUUCCAUUUCCAUAUCUCAGAAAUGAAGAAAACCCUGAAAAAAUUGCUGGGUUCUUAGAGUUAACCAAAAUCUUUUCAAUUCCUAGUAAAUCAUUUCUUGACGAUCUUAUUAGUGACUGGGACAACAGUGGGGAUUUAGAGAGACCAAAUUAUGAAUUGAGUGCAUCAAAAAAUGUGGUUCCUACAACUAUGAUCGGAAUUCAAAAGCGGCUAGCCAAUAUUAUACCUUUUCCUCUGACUACAGAUACUGAUAAAUUGGAUUUGAUUCUUUCUAAGUCGUGGAUGAUGGCUUUGGCAUGGCGUCUUUCAUAUGAUUCUGGAAUUUUAAGUUACUCUGCCCCACAGCAGCCUUGCUUCAAAAUGGAUUUUCCGUUCCAAAUAAUACAGUGGUUUUUAGCUGAUACGAAAGAUCUAGAUACGAUAGCUUUUGAGUGCAAUAGAAAGGGCGCCCAAUUUAAAAUGUUACAAAUCGCAAAUACGGCAUUAAUUUCUCUUAAAAAUUGUGGUCAAAGUGAAGGAAGACUAGAUUCUCUACAACAGUUAUUCGAAUUAAUCUUUAAUCCUAAGGGACUUUUAUAUGCGGAAGAGGAAUUUGAACAUUUAGAAGGCAUAAAUACAAUACUAAAAGAUUAUUGCAAAUACUUUCAAACUGAAGGAUCAUUUGAUAUUGAAGUCCUUCUUCAUAUUGUUUUUGGAUCAAAUGUUAAAGAAAUUCAAAGUGAACCAGAGAAUGAAAUGAAGAACCCUAAAAUUUCCAAUACAGAUGAUGAACAUAACGAAAAUAAUCUAACGAGAGACACUUUUAAGGAGGCAAGCAAUCAUUUUGAGAUACCACUGACAGACUAUUGUAAUUUAAAUGAUCUUACUAUUGAACCAUAUUCAUGUACAGGCGAGUUGAAUGAUAUCAGAAAAAGUGAAUUUGCUAGUGAAAUGUGCACUAGUGAUAGUCCAAACUUUGAUUUAGAAAAAGUGUAUCAAGCUUUCCACUUCAGUAAUAAAUCGCCAAGCUAG